AUGACAACCAUGGAUUUGCGUGUUGGUAACAAAUACCGCAUCGGUCGAAAGAUCGGCAGUGGCAGUUUUGGAGACAUCUACCUGGGCACCAACAUCAUCUCAGGUGAAGAAAUUGCCAUCAAACUCGAAUCUGUCAAGGCCAAGCACCCUCAACUCGAGUAUGAAGCGCGGGUAUACAAGUCUCUUGCUGGUGGUGUUGGAAUUCCGUUCGUCCGCUGGUUUGGAACCGAAUGUGAUUACAAUGCCAUGGUUCUUGACCUGUUGGGCCCCAGCUUGGAGGAUCUCUUCAAUUUCUGCAACCGCAAAUUCUCGCUCAAGACCGUCCUCCUCCUGGCCGAUCAGCUCAUCUCUCGCAUCGAAUACAUUCACGCCAAGUCCUUCAUCCACCGUGACAUCAAACCAGACAACUUCCUGAUGGGUAUUGGCAAGAGAGGCAACCAGGUCAACGUGAUCGACUUUGGUCUGGCCAAGAAGUACCGCGACCCCAAGACUCAUUUCCACAUCCCAUACCGCGAGAACAAGAACUUGACCGGCACGGCUCGUUAUGCCUCGAUCAACACUCACUUGGGGGUGGAACAAUCUCGCCGUGACGACAUGGAGUCUCUAGGCUAUGUCAUGCUCUACUUCUGCCGUGGUUCUCUUCCAUGGCAAGGUCUCAAGGCGGCCACCAAGAAGCAGAAGUACGAUCGUAUUAUGGAGAAGAAGAUGACUACUCCCACAGAGGUUCUGUGCCGUGGUUUCCCUAAUGAGUUCGCCAUCUACCUCAACUACACCCGCUCUCUCCGCUUCGAUGACAAGCCAGACUACUCGUACUUGAGGAAGAUUUUCCGGGAUCUCUUCGUCCGAGAAUCGUUCCAAUACGACUACGUCUUUGACUGGACCGUCUACAAAUACCAGAAGAAUGCUCAGGCCAUCGCCCAAGCUGCUGGCAACCAGACCACGGGGGAGGACGAGGAGAAGCCUCGACGUGGUGCCCAUCCUGCGACAGCUGCUGCCACUGGAGCCCCUACCCCUCAACAUGCCUCGCAGGCUGGCAAGCCUGCGGCUAUUUCCAGCUCUCGACGCAAGGUCAUCGAACGCGGUGCUAGCGGUAACGACCAGGGAGGAAGUGACAGGAUGUGA